AGUUGGAUUGAAGUGUUGCAACUGUGGAGGUAAUCACAAUGCGGCAUAUGGAGGUUGUGAGGUGAGGAAAAAGGCAGUGGAAGUUCAACAGGAAAAGACAAAGAAUAAUGGGACAUAUGCUGAAGCUGUGAAAGCGCAUUACAGGUGGAGAUGGGGGAGAUGCCAAUUCACUUAAGAAGGAAGCAAUUGACACUGGCAUACUGGGUUAAUCUAAAAGGGCAGAAGGAUAGUCAGCCAACAAAAGCAUCCCUCUCUGGAAUGAGAUGGACUUUGCCGUAGAUGGAGGAGCUGAACACGCAGCAACAUUGAAAGCACGAGUCCUGAUUGUUCUGGUAGUGGUGAUCUAGUCCAGUGUAUUUUGUCUCUGAUUUAUUACCCACAGUAGAUGGCGGUAAUGCUCUUUUUAAGAAUGCGAACCGCCAAAUAAGCACGAAGAAGAAGAAGAAGAAGAAGAAGAAGAAGAAGAAGAAGAAGAAGAAGACGAGAAGUCUCCAUCUGGCGGAGACCUGAAAUAGGAAGUUGGUCACCAUGUGGUGUUUGCUACACUUGUUCGUUGCAGAAUCUUCUAAACUUUAAAUGGAUUUGAGGUUCUCUCUCAUUGUAAUGCUUGUGUCCAUCGGGCUAUUUUGCGUUUAUUCCGAGAGACACCAUCUCCUGUUUGUUUACACCGUCCUCAGCAAACCUGAAGGAGUCUCUGGUCCUGUGUUCAGUGCAGUGUGUGUGUAUGACGACAGAUCGAUCUCUCACUACAGUAAUGAAGAACACAGCUGGAAAAGAGAUUGUUUUGAUGCAGAAAUCUGGAGAUAUACCAGAGAACCUCAUGAAUCUAGAGACUGGUUCAUACAUCUGGUUAACUCUCUGGCAAACUGCACAAGCUCCAGAUGUGAAGGCCUCCAUACACUACAGAGGAGAGUCGGCUGUGAGGUGGAGAAACAUCCAGAUGGAGCAGUGAUGAAUGUGAACGCACUUGACGAGUACGGAUACGAUGGAGAGGAUUUUAUUUUCGUUAAUUAUGACACAAUGAAGUGGACUGAAAAAAGUCCAAAUGCAAAAGAAACCAAAAUGAAAUGGGACGCUGACAGAUUUCACAAUCAUCUUCUUCAGUUCUACCUCAAAGACUGCAUGGACUGGAUCUCCACAUAUAAUGUUUCGAUUAACGCUCCUCCAGUUCUUCACAUGUUUGCAUCUGCAGCUCCUCAUGACCAAAGUGAGCUGAAUCUGACCUGUCUGGCCACUGGCUUCUACCCCAAACACAUAGAGAUGAAGAUCACGCUAAACAACAUCACAGUCCAACCCUUCAGCUCUUCUGGAGUCAGACCCAACGAUAACCAAACCUUUCAGAUGAGAACCAGUGUGAAGAUGCACCGAGAUGAGAAACAGGGCUAUGAGUGUCACGUCCUUCACAGCGGUCAGACAUUUACAACAUCAUGGGCUGGAAGUCUGGGAUCUAGAAGUCAUCACUGGGCAGCACUAGCUGCAGGUGCCCUUGCGAUUGCAGUUCUAUACAUCAUCUUUUUACUCUACAAAAACAGAAGGUUCAAUGGCCAGAUGAACUGCAGUAGUUCCACCACAGAACAGUGUGAAAACAUUAUACCUCAAGAUCAACAGAUCCCCUCACUGGAAGUGAUUCACAUGAGAGCAUUUAACCAGAUACACACUGACUAGCAGGAUCCUGGAUGUGACAUCUACGAUCUUAUCAUUUCAUGAGUGAGUAUAUCACUCACUUACUCUGUAGAUACUGUACAAAAAAAUUCCAUUAAGCUAAUUAAUUUUUAAUUGCUUUUUGCAGUAGUGUAUUAGCUUUUUAAUUGGGAUUACUUGACAGACUAAAAUUUAAAACACUGUUUUAAUAUUGUUUAAAUUUGGUUUUGUCAGUGUCAUCACAUCACUAAAUUUUGCAGCUCCCAUUCCUGAAAACACAACAAAGCUCUAUUACCUCAAACUACUUACAGUUUUUCUCAGUUGCUUUGGCUCAGUCCUUAAAUGAGAGUUUUUUUUCUCUCAAAACAGUAAGUUCAGAUGUCUAAACAAAUAGUUUCUUGUUCACAUUAGAUUUGAAUUUCUUAUUGAUUUAAGCAGAUUGCACAUAUUUUGGCAUGUGUGCAAAUGGGUAAGUGCUAUUGUCUAAAAUUCACAGAAUUACUAAAUGCACGGGGCUUGUUGAUGAAAACUGAUGAGUAGAUUCCCAGUGAAAUUACCAAAGUUAGAAAAAUUACACUACAUUAUAUAAAUCAAACUUCCAGAAGGAGUCACCUCUCAUCUUGACAAACCACAUGAAUGUGUAUGUAACCGUAGUCGGUUUACCUCAGGGUUGUCAAUGUGUGGGGUAUGAAGGAAUAACAGUUAAUUAUGGUUAUACAUGAUGACAAAAACAACACAAAUGAAAAGAAGCAGGUUUUGAAAGUCCAGGAUCCAGUAAACAAAUUCAAGUAAUACGUCCAAAACAGCACUAAUACCAGUGUUGGGCAAGCUACUUGGAAAAUGUAGUGAGCUAAGCUAGCAGUUACUCUACAGUAAAUGAAGCUUCACUACACUGAAGCUACCCCCCUGGGAAAUGUAGCAAGCUAAGCUACAUCAACAGUAGCUUGCUACAUCUAAGCUACUUUUAAAAUUAAAUUUUUAUGUUGAACACGUUUUAUUACAAGUCAGUGCUAUCUCUGUGCUUAAAACUGUCAGUCAAACAGAUAGGCAGGUGUAAUUGUUUAGUUUAAUAGUUUUUUGUGUUCCUUAUCAAUUUGGCAACAAAAAACAAUCAAAAUACAUGUAAUUAACAAUGUGCGCACAGGUAAGUGUAUGCACCUGUUGCAUGUGCAUGCUUAAUAUAUUGUAGGACUUUGCAGAACAAAAUGCAAGACCUCCAAACAGUCCAAAAAAAUGGCCAGGCUGGACCCUGAUAAUUUUUACAAGCAGCAUCUGAAAACAUAUUUUCUCUCUGUUAUCUCAGUCAGUGUCAUGUACUUGUCGAGUCCUUGGGAUUAACUGUUCUCGACCUCAUUCUAUGCCAUCAUUUCAUCAAAUAAUUUUUUGCGUGACUGGCCAAGGAGUGGUACCAUCUGGAGCAGAAGGUGGCGGUAAUGCAUCAUAAGGAUGGUUGGUUGCUAUCCACCGUAAACACGAACAAGAUGAACUAGAUCGAGGAUCAGCGAUCUUAGCAGUUGUAUUUCCCGAUCUGAGUUUGAGCCUCAGAAAUGCUUGCGAAAAUGAAGCUUGUGUGGAAGCUACCGCACUACUUGGUAAAAAAAAGAGCUUCGCUACUGAUAAGCUAUUUGAUUCAGAAAGUAGCAAAGCUACAACCAAGCUACUGAGAAAUGUAGUUAAACUAGUAGCUUCGCUGCCCAACACCGACUAAUACAGAGAAUAGUGACUUAUGUCCAGAUGUCAGUCAGUUAUUUGACCUAAAAGCAAGAGUGUGUUAUAAUGGACACCGGCUGAAGUGUUGAAGAUUAUAAAAUGAAAAUUGUAUAUAACAAAUAUUUCCAUGGUGAAUAGACAUCUAAACAUUUUGUCCACCGUGGAUCACACAAUGACAAAAACUCUUCUUAUUUUUGGUGGCAUUGGUCAGGUCACUGAAACAAUAACUAGAUUUUAAAGCAUGAAUUAAAUGUUUUGGGUGAGUUAUAGCUUUUGCAGACAUGCAUCAGGGUUGUGUUGUUUUAGCAAAUUGUUGUGACAAUUGCACUUAGAGAUUAAUGCUUUGUGCCAAAUGUGAAAAUGUGCCAAAGCACCUGAGAAAAACUGCAAUAGUUCAGCUUUAAAUAUGCAGAUUAGUUCAACAAAGGCUUAGUGCAUUUUUGAUGCUGAAGUUGUGUUACUGAGAGCUGGGUUUAUCUUAACUUAAUUUUUUAUGCUUUUAUUAUUAGUAGCAUUGUGUUAAAUUGUGCAAUGUGUUAAAUUAAUUUAAUCAAAUUCUUUUGUAUCAAUUUGUAUAAAAUAUGCUGUGAUUAUCACCUUUUUGUAUUUCCAUGUUUGUUCCCUGUUACAUAAUGCACUUUACAGUUGUUUCAGGGAAUUCAUGGCAGCUAUCAUUUGUUCAGUUCUCAGUGUUAUUUUUGAAAAUAAUAGCAUUAACAAAAUGAAUAAAAUCGGCACAUUGUGUAAUA